AUGAGAGUGUCUCAGGCCAGCUGGUAUGAGCCGGAAUCUAAUGAAAACGCCGAUAGAAGCGACGCUGGUUCGCCGAUAAACGCAUUUUUCAAUUGGCUUCGAUCUCAAAAAAAUCUUCCCCUUCCAUCUUCAACCGAUUUACCUGUUGAAGAUGAAGCUCACAAUAUAGAUAAAGUAUGUGAAGAAGCUUGCUCUGUUUCUAUUAAAAGUUCUGAUAUUGCUUUAGCUAUUAGUGAUGUCACCAAAGAAAUGCAAGUGAUGUAUGAUGAUAUUGAAAGUGGCUUUUUAGCGGUGGAAAGGGAUUAUACAAGUGAAGAAUUAUGUUUUGUAAAAGAAAAACUAGUUUCCCUUGAAUCAGUAAUUAAUGAUCUGAAAGUUUCUAAAGAUGUAACUAUUACACAAAAUGGUUCUUAUAUAUUUGAACUCCUGCAGAAAGCAGGAAUCGAUGUUAAUACAUCACAAGAGUUAAUCAGAGUUUGUUCCCAGAUCUAUGAGUUUGUUUCCAAUAUUUCAGAUUCGAAUAAUCGUAGAGGUGGUGCUCUUAAAAAAUUAGCAGAUGAUUUAACAGUUAUAAAUUCAACUGUUGAAGUGAGUAAUUUUCAUAUGCCUGAAAAAGACUUUAGAGUAUUUAUCGAGGUGGAAGUAGUAAGAAAUUCAUUUGGUGGAGGCUUCAAUACAAAAGAUAGCAAAGGAGGUAAGGUUGUUAAUUACUGGUGCUUUAAUCCAGGAUUUAGCUUGAACAAUGUAAUGAUAAACACAAUUCACAGUCUGAUUUUGACAAGUGGUACUCUGGCCCCUAUUGCUAGUUUUGUCAAAGAAAUGUCUUUAACUUCUCCAGUCAUUGCAGAGUGUACACAUAUUGUCAGUAAAGACCAAGUAUUUGUUUGCCAAGUUGAAGUAGGUCCACGCAAUAUACAACUUAAAUGUAACUAUGCCAAUAGACAAAAUAUUGGGUAUUGGCAGGAAUUGGGCUUAACGUUACAGAAUUUUUUUCGAAUCAUACCAGAUGGUGUUCUACUAUUUUUUCCCAGUUAUACAACACUGAAUAUUGCAGUGGAAAUGUGGAGAGAAAGUGGUUUAUGGGAAAAAUUGGGACAUUUGAAGCCAAUAUUUAUAGAACCAAAACUCAAAUCUGAAUUACAACAGGUCAGCCAGGAAUAUUAUAAGGCCAUUGAAACUGGAAAUGGAAAAGGAGCUGUAUUCAUAGGUGUUUGUCGAGGAAAAAUAUCAGAAGGUCUCGAUUUUAGUGAUCAAUAUGGACGUGCUGUGAUAAUUGCUGGUCUUCCUUAUCCACCACUUCAUGAUCCUAAAGUAAAAUUAAAAAAGCAGUAUAUCGAUCAAAAUAGAAAAAACAACACAGAUUUAACUGGUGAUGUCUGGUAUGUUCUUGAAGCUACCAGAGCAGUCAAUCAAGCAAUAGGUAGAGUUAUUAGACAUUCAGAAGAUUACGGAGCUAUAAUAUUAUGUGAUGCACAAUUUAACAAUCAGAAUAUUAUCCAAAAUUUAUCAAAAUGGGUUCAACAAAGAAUUAUAAAGCCCCGAUCAUUUGGAGAAUCAAUUGGAGUCUUGAGAGGUUUCUUUAGGAAAAAUCAAAGUUCAGCUGCAUCGAAAUUUAACAUUGCUCAAAAUAAGAUGGUUUGCACUCCUUCUUUUGACCAUUCUUCAUCAAGUGGAUUGAGGAGAUCUGAAAUUAAUCAUUCAGAAAUUCUAUCACCUUGCACAUCUACAAUUGGUGGUACUAACUUCAAAUCCAUAGGUAACAAUAGUGAGAGCUGUGUUUUACUUUCUAAAAUUAAAACAAAAACUUCACUAGAAAGCCGGUUGAGGAUAGUAUCUAAUCUCCUUGAUCAUUAUGAAAAUAUAUCUCCUCAGUUAAAUGCAACUAAGCAACCAAAAUCUUGUCUAGAAAUUUUAGCUAAAGAUGAAUUAUACCCAAACAUUAUGGAGUCAAGUAUUUCUAUCCAGUUUCUUCAUGAUAUGCUUAAGAAUGAAAAUUUACUGAAUGUAUUAGAUUGGGUAAUAGGGAUUUUCGAGAAACAAUGUUUGUCUUACACAGAAAAAUUUAAAUUAGAAUCCACUCCAUCUUAUAUCUUUGAUGUACCAGAACCUUCAGCUGAUUUCCUUCCCAAGACAUUUCAAAACCUUGAAUUAGAUAAGACUAAAACUAAGGAGGUUGAAUCUCUAAUCAAAAGAUUACAUUUGCUAAGCAUGAAGAUGGAAGGAGCAGUAGGAAAGUCUUUGUCAUGUAAUAAGCCAUCCUCAAGUAAGCAACUGUUUGAGGACAUUGAUUUAGCAGAAGAAAAUUUAAAUGCACCAGCUAAGCGACGUAAAAUUAAACUGAAAUUCAUUAAAAUUGAUGACAUUCACCUUCCUGGUUCUGACCAUCUUUCGAGAGAAAAAGAAAAAAGGUUAAACGAUACGAAAAAUUUUCUUAUAGAAUUAAAAUCGACUCUAGAACCUAGUAGUUAUUCACGACUUAUGGGAUUGAUUAAAAAUUUCAGCUCAGAAGAAGAUUUCAAAGAAACUGUUAAUUACUUAAGAAUUCUUUUCCCUGAAACAGAUGAUGAAUUUAAGAGCAUAUUUAAACAGUGCUACUUACUUUUUACUGGAAGGUGGGAAAAAGAAUUUAAGAAAUAUUGUUCAGAAAACAAUAUAUUAACAUAA